CCCGACCAUUCAUUCUCACCCUAACACCCACUCCCCGCCCCAAUUGGCGUCCAUUCAUUUUGCCUCCUCUUCAAUUCUCAUUCAUGCCUUGAUCCAUUGAUUUUAUCUACCCCUUGCGAUACAGAUUCGUCAUGAAUGGCUUCUCAUCGCACGGCCUGGACGAGGAUGCGUUCGGGGAGAAGUCCGGGCUGCAGGGCGGCCUGAAGACAUUCGAUGCAUUUCCCAAAACCAAACCCGACUACACAGCUCCCUCCCGCCGAGGCGGCCAAUGGACCGUCCUCAUCCUCCUCAUUUGCAGCGUCUUCUCCAUCUCCGAAUUUAGAACCUGGUUCAAAGGCUCCGAAAACCACCACUUCAGUGUUGAAAAGGGCGUCUCCCACGAUCUCCAACUAAACCUCGACAUCGUCGUCCAGAUGCCCUGCGACGCUCUGCACGUCAACAUCCAAGACGCCUCCGGUGAUCGCAUUCUCGCCGGAGAGCUGCUGAAGAAGGACCCCACCAGCUGGAAGCUCUGGACGGACAAGCGCAACUACGACCACGAGUAUCAGACGCUUAGUCGCGAGGAUCCGAGCCGGUUGGAGGCGCAGGAGGAGGACGCCCAUGUGCACCAUGUGCUGGGUGAGGUGAGACGGAACCCCAGGAGGAAGUUCCCCAAGGGUCCCAAGCUGCGGAGGGGGGAUGCUGUCGACUCGUGUCGCAUUUAUGGGAGUUUGGAGGGGAAUAAAGUACAGGGGGAUUUCCAUAUCACUGCUAGGGGUCAUGGGUAUAGAGAUAUGGGCGGACAUUUGGAUCAUUCGGCAUUCAACUUCUCCCACAUGAUAACCGAACUCUCCUUCGGACCCCACUACCCUACUCUCCUCAACCCCCUCGACAAGACCAUCGCAGCAACAGAAUCCCACUACUACAAAUACCAGUACUUCCUCUCCGUCGUACCCACAAUCUACUCCAAGGGCCACCAAGCUGCCCUCGACAGCACCCUCUACACCUCUAAACCCAGCCACUCCAAGAACGUCAUCUUCACAAACCAAUACGCAGCCACCACCCAGGGCACCGAGCUGCCCGAAAACCCCUACUACAUCCCCGGCAUCUUCUUCAAGUAUAACAUCGAGCCGAUCCUGCUCAUGAUCAGCGAGGAGAGAAGCAGUUUCUUGUCGCUGUUGAUUAGGCUCGUGAAUACGGUUUCCGGGGUUAUGGUUACCGGGGGCUGGCUUUAUCAGAUUGCGAGUUGGGGUGGGGAGCUGUUACGGAAGGGGAGGAAGAGGUCGGAGGGUGUGCUUGAUGGGAAGUUGGCGGAUGAGUAGUAGAUUCUUUUUUUUCUUGUUUUGUUGUCCGGGCUGUUGGGUUUUGAUUGAAUGGUGUCCUGUUUUCGGUGUUUCUUGUUUGUACUAUUUCCCCGUUUGUUGUUUGUCUAUUGCUUGGUAAAUAUCAGUACAGCUACAACAGUUAGCACAUUCGGA